UGAUUGCCUUUCGACACUACUCUCUCACACAACGUCGCUUUAUCAUGCCGCCGCCCUACUCAGCAGCAGCCGCUUCAUCAUCAUCAUCAUCAUCAUCAUCAGAUCCAGCCUCGCACGUCGAGUCGAUCACGUCCCCCACAACGCUGCGCAAGGUUGUCCUGAACUAUCUGCUGCACCACUGCUACGUCGACACCGCCAACGCUUUUGCUGGUAAUGCUGGUGGAGAGAGCAGUUCACUGGGCGGAGGAGCCUCUGCGGUAGGCACAGCUCAGCACGUCGCUGCUUCGUCGAGCACACCAGCCACGCCGCGUCGGUCGCGCCACCCACUUGCCGCACCACCACUAUCGCGUCAGGACUCGUCCAUCGAAGUAGAGGCGGAUGCGCAGCUCCUUCCAGCUGCGAGUGGCACCAGUGAAAGUGAUAAGGACGACGACAUGCACGAUGCCGUCGAUGUUCAGCCAUCCACGGAUGACGAGCACAAACGCGACGUUGCCUUUGAGACGGCGGAUACAACCAUCACUUCCGCGUCUGGCCCAGCGGGACCCUUGAGCCAGGGCGCCAGCGCUGAGAUUUCGCGAGAAGACUACCGCAUCCUCCAUCUUCGCCAACAAAUCAGAGAUCACAUCCUGUCAGGUCAGAUCAAACAGGCUAUCGAACUGUUGGAUGCGCACUUCCCCUCCGUCCUCGGCGGCGAUAGCGAGGACUCGUCCCCAACUGAGGGUGGGCCGUCAGGCGCGACUAAGACGUGGACUACGGGAAGCGGCAGAACGUCUGCUAUCCCUGCGAGCGCGACAAGCUUGCAGCCAGAGCAUCUUGGUCUGAAUUUGCAAAUACAGGCGUUCAUCGAGGCUGUGCGCGUCGCGAACGGUCCGCAACCCGCACCGCCUGCAACGCCUCAGCACCACCACGGCGGGCAGGGAUCAUCCUCGACAGGGAUGGCAGCCGCAGCCGCAGCGGGCUCAUCAGCCUCGAAUGGGAACGGCAGCAAUGGAGCUGCCCCUGCUCUUGCCCCUCUCAACCCACCAUCCCGCUCCUCUUCCCCCGCCCCCUCAUCCGCAAGCUCUUCGAUCUCAGUCUCCUCGACCGCCUCCUCCUCCCUCAAUCCCUCGGCCUCCUCCACUUCCGCACCUCUACAGCUGGCCUUGUCCCAUGCGCAACAGCUCUACAACUCUGUUCUGCGCUUGCCAUCUGGAGCGUAUCGAGAUCUGUACAGGAAAGAGGUAGAGAGCGUGACGGCCAUUCUGGCAUACAAGGAUUUGGAACGCAGCCCACUGAGGAAAUUCUUGGAUGUCAGGAGGAGAAGAGGAUUGUGGAACCAGAUCAAUGGGGCAAUCAUGUAUCGGACAGGGCGUCCCUCUCAACCCCUCUUGGAAAGCGCUGUCCGUCAAACCACUUUUGUCUGGUCACAGCUGCACGAAGAUGGCGUGUCCGUUCCUGCGGGUCACCCUGUCCUCUCUCCCUCGACCAGCACAGCAUCAGACACGAGGAAUGCUGCAGCUGCUUUCGCUACUGCGGCGAGUGGAAGAGGUGGUGCGACGAGUGGAGGUGUGGCGGGCGAUAAGAGGGCUAAAGCUGCUGGAGGGACUGGAGGAGGAGGAGCUGGCGCAGGCAGAGUCAUGCCUCCUUGGCAAUUGAGCGGUUUUCUCGCCGAGAGAUGAGUGCGCGAGAGCGCCACGGAAAGAGAGUACGCAGGG